GAAGCAGUGUCCUAUGAGAGGGAGCGAGAGAGAGAGAGAAAACAGCAGCGGGGAUUGAAGGCUCCCUCGGCGCAGCGCAACAAUCAGUGCGUCCUUAUAGGUGCAUUAAUUCUAGCAUUAUAAAGCCAUGAGCAUCCCUGCCUUGUUUGUCGGGCUGCUGUGCUUUACCGAGUAGGAGAGAUAGAGAGAGAGAGAAAGAGAGAGAGCGAGGGAGAAGGGGGGAGAGAAAGAACGAGCGCGAGUCCUCCACGCAAGCGCGUAAAAAAAAGGAGAUUUUUUUUGGUGGGGUGUCUGUUUCACAUACGAAGCCAAACUGAUGUGACUUUUUUGAAGGCCCUGUCGGUCCGGGGCACGGAGGAGAUAUUCCGGAUCAUGAUCGGCAUUGACAAACGGGCCACAGAGGACAGACAGAAGCUUGCGUUGGCUGCAAACAGCGCGCAAUUUUGACGCUAUCGCACUGCGUGUCCGUUCGGAUCCCCCCUCCUCCCCAUCCUCUCGGCUGAAUAUUAUUAUUGUUAUUAUUUAAAAAGUGUCACGUCGGUAAACAGAGCGGCGUGUUGUGGGGGAUGAGAGGAGGAAGAGGUGGAGGAGAGGAAGAAGGCGCUUCUGUGCAUUUUCUCUGGGGUGGAGGUGGCGGAGGGGGGAAGCGAGCCGGACGGAACCCGGGAAGGUGAGCCUCCUGAGAAAUAAUCACCUCCAUGCAAAGAAAUGGCCUAGUUCCCAACAGCCGAGGAUACCACGGAGGACUUUUCCACGGCUCGGAGCUCCGUGUUUGGAAGGUGGAAUUGGCUUCCUGACUGCUUGUUUGGUCCCAUCAAGAGAUCCAAAGCAGGAGACAGAUGAGACGACAUAUUAUACCUGAGGAUGCUACCAAAACCACCACAGCACCGUGUCAGCCAAGGAAAACCAUUAACCUGCCACCUCACAACAAUCCUCUUUUUGCCGUCCUUCUCCAUGACUGUGAAUCUGUGAUGGUCGAGCUGAUGUCCUUUUGAGAAGACAAAAGGAGCCUUUAUUUUGGACAUGUUGUUUUUUCCCCUCAAUGCUGCCAGCCACCAAGGCUUUGGUGGAAAACGCCAACGACAGACGCCUCAUAGGAAUGCUAACCCCUGUUUGCUGUGGCUCUUGGGGCUCGCCCUGCACCUCGUCCUCUCCUCGUGUCAGCGAGUUGACCGACAUCCCAUAGUGUCCACUGGCUAUGGAAAGAUCCGCGGCGUCAGGAAGGAGCUCAACAAUGAAAUCUUGGGCCCGGUGGAACAGUACCUGGGAGUACCGUACGCCACCGCGCCCAUCGGCGAGCGCCGCUUCCAGCCUCCCGAGGCGCCGGGCUCCUGGCAGGAGAUCCGCAACGCCACCCAGUUCGCACCCGUGUGUCCCCAGAACGUGCACGGGGUGUUACCUGAGAUCAUGCUACCGGUGUGGUUCACCGACAAUCUGGAUGCCGCCGCCACCUACGUUCAGAACCAGAGCGAAGACUGCCUUUACCUCAACAUCUAUGUACCUACAGAGGACGGUCCACUCACUAAAAAACAGGACGAAUCGACAAUGAACAGACCCAGGGAUGAAGAUAUCCGCGACCGCCGUAAGAAGCCGGUGAUGUUGUUCAUCCACGGCGGCUCCUACAUGGAGGGCUCGGGGAACAUGUUUGAUGGUAGCGUCCUUGCCGCGUAUGGGAAUGUCAUCGUGGUCACCAUGAACUAUCGACUGGGCGUGCUCGGCUUUCUGAGCACAGGGGACCAGUCUGCUAAGGGGAACUAUGGUUUGUUGGAUCAGAUCCAGGCCCUGCGCUGGCUCAAUGAAAACAUCGGCCACUUUGGAGGAGACCCGGAGAGAAUCACCAUCUUUGGCUCGGGAGCCGGUGCCACCUGUGUUAACCUUCUCAUCCUCUCUCACCACUCCGAAGGUUUAUUUCAGAGGGCCAUCGCUCAGAGCGGCUCAGCCAUCGCCAGCUGGUCUGUCAACUACCGACCUGUCAUGUACACCAAGAUUCUGGCAAAGAAGGUGGGUUGCACCCUGGGGGACAUGGCGGAGUUGGUGCACUGCCUGAGAAGGAAGAGCUUCCGGGAGCUGGUGGACCAAGACAUACAGCCCGCCCGCUACCACAUUGCGUUCGGACCGGUGGUAGACGGGGAUGUUGUGCCGGACGACCCGGAGAUCCUAAUGCAGCAGGGCGAGUUCCUGAACUACGACAUCCUGCUGGGUGUUAACCAAGGAGAAGGGCUGAAGUUUGUGGACGACAGCGAAGGAGAAGAUGGAAUAUCCGCACCCUCAUUUGACUACACCAUCUCCAACUUUGUCGACAAUCUUUAUGGAUACCCUGAUGGUAAAGACAUCCUGAGGGAAACCAUCAAGUUCAUGUACACAGACUGGGCUGACCGGGACAACAGCGACAUGCGCAGGAAGACCCUCUUGGCGCUCUUCACCGAUCAUCAAUGGGUGGCUCCGGCCGUGGCUACCGCCAAAUUGCACGCAGAGUUCCAAUCUCCGGUCUUCUUCUACACCUUCCACCACCAUUGUCAGACAGAAGCACGGCCCGAGUGGGCCGACGCCGCCCACGGAGACGAGAUCCCUUACGUGUUUGGCAUUCCCAUGGUGGGCGCCACUGACUUAUUUCCAUGUAACUUCUCCAAGAACGAUGUCAUGCUCAGUGCUGUGGUCAUGACGUACUGGACCAACUUCGCCAAGACGGGGGAUCCGAACCUGCCGGUUCCUCAGGACACCACCUUCAUCCACACCAAACCAAACCGUUUUGAGGAGGUCAUCUGGACCAAAUUCAGCUCCAAAGACAAGCAGUACUUGCAUAUCGGCCUCAAGCCGCGCGUCCGAGACAACUACCGGGCCAACAAGGUAGCCUUCUGGCUGGAGCUGGUACCGCACCUCCACAGCCUCCACAGGGCGACCACCAGCUCCAUCACCACUCGACUGCCGCCCGGGAGCGACCCCCGCCGUAAGGUCAACCCCAACACCGGCGCCCGCUCCACACCGCACCCCGUAAUCUCCUCCUACCCGCCUGAGCCGGAUGGUUCCGAGAGACCCCGGAACACUCCCUUCCCUCCCGAGACGAGGGACUACUCCACUGAGCUGAGUGUGACGGUGGCGGUGGGCGCGUCUCUCCUUUUCCUGAACGUGUUGGCCUUCGCCGCUCUUUACUACAAACGAGACAAGCGCCACGAACUCAUGCAGAGGCGACACCGCCGACUGUCGCCACAGCGUGGCGCAACAAUGGGCAUGGGCGUCGGCAUCGGAGUGGUCGGGGCGCCGCCUCACAACGACCUGGCCCUAAGCCAGGAAGAGGAGCUGAUGUCACUGCAGAUGAAGCAGCAAAGAGUGGAGCUGGAGCAUGGCACACCCCUCCCUUCCCGUGGUAUCCAUGGCGACCUGGAACCCUUGCGCCCCCCAGUAUGCCCGCCUGACUACACACUGGCCCUGCGGCGGGCACCGGAGGAUGUGCCGCUCAUGACGGCCAACACCAUCACCAUGAUCCCCAGCACCAUCAGCAGCAUGCAGCCCCUCCACCCAUUCAACACGUACCCACCCGUCCCGGCCCCGUCCACUACCCCCGUCCCCAGCCACAGCAACAAUGCCCUGCCGCACCAACAUUCCACCACUCGUGUAUAGGACCGGGCACAAGCUCUGCAGCCCCUGUGUGGGCUCAAACCUUCACCUUCAUCAUCCACUGCUCCUCUUUUACUGCAUCCUUUUCAUGAGGCCCUUCGAUAAAGCUGCAGUUUGUAAGAUUUUAAGCGCUAAGAAAUACCUGGGUAAUGUACAAUAAAACCAUGAUCAUUGGUCCGGGUUGGGUGGAUGGUGUCCAGGCUGAUUGACAGCUUAAGAGGACAGCCGUUGUUCAAGGACUCAAAAUCCAAACAUCUGGCUGAUACAUCUCUCGGCCCACAUCAGGUCCCGAAGGGUCUAUCAGAGUUUCCCAAAGUCAAAGCUGACGUGUGUGAAUAUCUUUUAAGGGUCUGAAACACAAAGAUAAUACUCUAGCUAUGCUGAUAUUUACGUUUUAAAAUCAAACAACAAUGAAUCAAAUACCACGAUAGUUCCAUUCAUUGGAUAAUUAAUCUAGGGCUGCAGCUAUCCAAUAUGUUUGUCGAUUAAUCGAGUCAUUGGAAAAAACAUUUUUUUGCUUGGUUAAAGAACAAGAAUACAUUUACAAGAAAAAAUAUGUCUCUAAAUAGUGAACAAUCAAUUUGUUUAUUGUUUUAGAUAAUCAAGGUUUUAUUUUUUCAAUGGACAUGGUGUAUAGUGUAACUAGUGGUUAUUUUUAGUACUACGUAUAUAUACCAUACGCAUCGCAAUUUGCAGAACAAAUAGUUGAGGGAGUCUAACUGGUGUGGAUGCAGCAGGCAAACAAAGAUUCCCUGGAAAUUAAAUGGUAUUUGAUCAAUGUUUUGGAAAGCGGGUAAGUGGGACAAAAUAUAACAAUAUAACAAUUAAAUAGCCAGUCAUAAAGCAAUGAAUUAAUAGACAGAAAACAACAGCUUUAAGGUAAUGACUAACUAAAUACUUGCUUUGGGUACAAAAAACGGGUAAACACGUUUUGAAUAAUUCCCACUUCAGCUUCACGUCAUACGAGUGAAUGGAUGACAUAGCAUCCAUUAUACACAGUAUAACCACUACCACUAGUUAGCAUACAGUUUAGCAACCAUUAAAGAUACUGUACAAUAAAUAGAGACAAUUAUUGAAAAACAAAUUACAGCCAAAAUCAGAGUACCACAAUACAAACUUAAGCCAACAACACCACCGGUCAUUUAGCCACCCAACGACACCGCCGGACAUUUAGCCACCCAACGACACCACCGGUCAUUAACCACCCGAUGACACCACCUGUAUGUUAGCUAUCCAACGACACUACCGGUCAUUUAGCCACCCAACGACACCACCGGUUAUUAACCACCCAAUAAUAAAUAAACAAGUCCAUGAAAAAAAGACAUUUCCCCAAUGGAGUUCAUGGCAUGAUCAGCGCAACCAAACAAGUCACUUUUCCACCCAACCUACCCAAGAUAGCGCCUUCAAAUACCGUAGGUGGCAAUGGUGAACGGUGUUGCAGCUUACCGCAUCGCUUUUUAGCCAUCAGCCACACCGACAAGUGUUGAGAUUUCAUUGUUGCCGCACAUCGUCGGCGGCGAAUCAGGAGGGGAGUGCUAUUGUGGGAUGAAAGUGUUCCGACAGAUACACGUCACGGUGUUUAGUCACAUUUGACGUCUGUUUUUUUCACGUUGUUUUCCUUCUCUUUCAUUGCCUUGUUGCUAGCCUCUUCAAUCUACCCGCAUCUUUAAACACCCACUUCCUUCUUCACUCUCUGCGUGGGUGGCGUACGGUCACAUAAGCGAUCCUUCGAAGCAGAUGAAAAAAAAUCCUAAUAGUUUUUGUAAUCGAGGUGCCCGAAUUAUUCGAAUAAUUGUUGCAGCCCUAAAUUAAUAAUUUAAUCAUGGAUUAAUUGCUGCGGCACUAAAAUGUUUCAACAAGCCGCCAAGAAUCAUCUACAAUAAAACAAGCCUUUCUUGAAAUGUACAAAUUGCAGCUUUUCCAGAGCCAAUCUGGAAGCGGGAUGGUCUCAGGGAUGCGCCCCAGGGAAUGGUCUGUGCGUCCAAGGGAAUGGUCUGUGCAUCCAAAGGAAUGGUCUGUGUGUCCCAGGGAAUGGUCUGUGCAUCCCAGUGAAGGGUCUUUGCAUCCCAGGGAAGGGUCUGUGCAUCCCAGGGAAUGGUCUGUGCAUCCCAGGGAAUGGUCUGUGCAUCCCAGUGAAGGGUCUGUGCGUCCAAGGGAAGGGUCUGUGCAUCCCAGUGAAGGGUCUGUGCAUCCCAGGGAAUGGUCUGUGCAUCCCAGUGAAGGGUCUGUGCAUCCCAGGGAAGGGUCUGUGCAUCCAAGGGAAGGGUCUGUGCGUCCAAGCAGACACUGUGGCUUUGCUUUAGUGGGGAGCGGGACAAGAAGAGCUCUUGGGGCUUUAAAAACAGACUUUGUGACGGGACUUCGUUCAUUUGUCAUCUUGACAACAUUUCCAGAUUGGGGCUCUGACUUUUUGGGCGGUACGGUGAAUCCCAUGCACUCCAGAGUAGAUGGGAUUUUCCGAUUCUUUACUACUCUCUCAUCACGUGUGUCCUCUUUCAGUUUGUCUGUUGCCUCAUUGCAUCGGCCCCCUUUUUCAUUCCAUCCAGCCUUUCACCGUAACUCUUCAUCACCAUAUCUUUCCUCUUUCAUGCAAUCACAUUCAGACUCUUUUUCCCUUUUGGAGUCUUUUAUACAAAAACACAACUGUAAAUGAUGUAUUAUUAAAAAAUUGUAAGGAUAUGAAUGGGGGGGAGAAAAAAAGAUAUUCUGAUAUCUCAUUUUUACCAGCAUUCUUGGUGCCAAGUACUGUGAUGAAGCUCCUCUCUUGCUGGCGUCCAGCGGAGCGCCCGGAGAGGUCCACGCUGACUGUAUCUUAACUAAAGGAAUUACCGUCAUAAAAGUGCCAACCUCUUCAUCUUUGUUUUUGAUAAACACCCCCACAGCGGGGAGAAAAAAAUCACUCUCACGGUUCCACUGUGGUUAGUUUCUUUUCGAGAACAUAUUCAAUGUACAGUCAUCCCUCGCCACGUUGCCGGUCCAGUGUUGCAUCUUUGGCCGAGCGCGGUUUUUCUAAAACUUGCUGUUUUAUGUUUGUUAGUAGUUCAAAAUAUGUAUGUUUUUACCAGUUUGGGGCCGAAAUGAAGCAGUUUCAAAUUUUUCAAAUUAAAAAAAAAAUUCUAACUGCUAAAUGAAGUCAAAUCACACAUCAAAGGGACCUAUUGUACUCAUUUUCGGCACUUUUUAUUUAGUGGUGUUCCCCUUAAUUCAUUCCACACAUGGCCCGCCUCCAGGCACGCCCACUCUGCUGUGUUUGGUCCCACUCAUCUUGUAGCCCACCCACAUAAGGAAAGCUGGCUCGCCUUGACAUCACAGGGAGCCGAUGUGAGAAAAAAACUGAAAGCGAGCGUUCUGAGCCAUCCCAAACUUCUGUCAGGGCUCACUUCCAAAGGCAAAAACCUCAUAAUCUGAAACUUUGGAAUGGUUUAACAGCAAAAUACAUCAUUAUAACUACAUUUAUUGGUCAGAACGGUGGAAAGCACUUGAAGGGACACAUUGUGGUAUGUAGUACUCACCAUUAGUCACUAGGUGUCAGUAAUGCUACACAGAUGACACACGGCAGGAAAUAACAACAAAACUCUCCCAAUGCUAACAUGUGUGAGUCUAUAUGAUGUCUUGUUUCUCUUACCAUGUCCACUACAUACAGUGGAACCUCUGUUAGCGUUGGCAUGUUUUUUUUUUGUGAAACCGUGAUGUCACGUUGUGAAACAAGAUUUUUUAAUCACAAAAUGUCCCUGUUAGCAUCCUUUGCUUGCUAACAAAAUGGCAACCAGAACAAAUGGUUAUGCUAACACAAAACACGCUCUUAUAGUUUAGUGUGGAUAAAACCUUUUUACAUGCAUGUAAAUGAGGAAUGAAAGGGAUGCAUUUCAAACCUUUAAGGUUACGUUUCCCUUCACUGAAGGUGUGGCAGCGAGAUCAACACCUUCCUCUCCAAUAACCACCUUCCUGUUUUGUAUCUUGAAUUCAGUCAUGUCUCUUAUUUUUCUCACCUUCCAGUUGAGGUGAGAAACACUCAUGGCAAAACAUGAAGGUGGUGCUGAAGAGGAAGGUGUUGGUCUCGCUCCCUCAUGGUGUCUUUGGCAAUCACGUCUUCAAUGAAGGUCAAUGUAACCUUCAAUGCUCAUUCAUCAUUUAUACACAUUUGGAGUUGUUUUCUGCAUGUAAAAUUGCCAUUGUAAAACUAUAAAAACGUGUUUGAUGUCAACAUUUCAGGUUUUCUGGAACAGAUUAAUUGGAUUUCCGUUAUUAGGGCGUUUUUUCUCCAUAGGGUGGUUAUGCUAUCCCUUGGAGAUAAGGUGACAUUCGAUAUUUUUCCACCUUUGAAUCCACCUCAACAGUUUUUAGCGUGCUUAAAACAUUUGGUGGCCGACCACAAGAAUGAUCCAGCAACAAACCAGGAAAUGUCAUCACGGCGGUGUUCUGGCUGAUUCUACUUCUUGUGUAAAUAGGGCAUUAAACCAAAGUUUCACUGUAUCAGCUGACUUUAGGGGUGCUAUUUCAUGUCUAGAGUGCUCUAACAAUGUAAAAAACCUGUAUUUAGACGGUCGUAAACAAGAUGUGUUAUAUGUCUUGUUUAUUGUUACUAUAUUGGGUAAUAGGAAUGUGAAAGUUACGAGAGGGGUGUUAUUUCAUGUCUGGAGAGCUCAUAUUUCGAAAGACAUUAACAGGUUUGGAUGGUCUAAAUCCGAAAAUAUUCCAUUUAUUAAGAUUGACUCAUAUAUGGCCGAAAUGAGGUGAAGGCGGACAGGGAUUACCGCCGCUGGUAAACUGUUUUUUUCAGCGCUAUGAAAAUAUGCCAUUGAUAAAGAAGGAAUCGUACUUGGUGGAAGCGAUGAACGAGGGAUGACUGUAUCAUUUGACGACGCUGCAUGAUUUCAUUUUGGAUGAUUUUUGCCUUCUUCACACUUUUUCCAAAAUCAGCUGCACUUUGUGGUACUCUGAGAAAUAUUCAAAGUAUUUAGAGAUGACUAUUGUGUAAAACUAUAACAAAGAGAGUAAAUAUGUCCUCUUUAUUUUUUUCAUACCCUAACGCCAUAAAGACUGACCCCCCCCUUACCCCCCAAGCCUCUUUUUUUUUUUGUGCUGUUUCUCUGUUUUCUCCGUCCAAGAAAGCACUUUGUUACGUUACAGGACGCAACAGGAAAGCUGACAUGGCAUUGUGACCAUGAAGACUGCCUAACACCUAUCUUCUCACCUCCUUUGUUGCCCUCCUCUCAAGCAAGCGGGAGAAUGAGAUGUAUUUAUGAGGGUGAGAACGCCUUGUAACAUGCAUUUCACAUCACUCGCACAGCGGAACACGGACACUUGUGCAAGAACCCCAGUGACAUUUGGGACUGGACUGACGGAGUGACAUGAUGGUGAAUUAGCAAUCAAUGCACACAGGAUGCGUUCCAAAAGGAAAAGAGAAAAAAAAUCUUUCAUGUCAGACAUUACUCAGAGUACAAAAUCCAGCCGAGCAGGUUCCGCUGGCUGUAAAUGUUCUGCAUCCUGUGUGUCCAGGAUCCCGACUGCAAGGAAGCCAGACUGCCGUUCCUUGCAGGACUCCAGAGGACAACACACACAAAAAAAGAUACAAAAAAAAACAACACACGGACAAAACUGUACAUUUUUUUUAAGUGUAAGAGAACAAACUGGAAUUUGUAAAUAUUAUUUGUCGUUUGGUUUUGAGUGACUGGCCAGAUCUUUCCGUUUGUGACAGCAGGUGCAAAGUUUGGAGGAUUUUCAUGAUUUUAGCUCUUGUGGAUGUUUAAUUUGUCGCUCCGGAGCAAAUUCCCAAGGGUUACGGGCACAUGAAUACAUCUCCAUGAGUGAGAAUAUCUUUCAAAAGUUCAUUUAUUUCACAAGUUCAAUUCCACAAUAAAUUGACUGCAGGUGCACGGCUCGCUCCAUUCCCUCCAAAGCCUCCUGCUAGCUUGACCUUGACCUUCUCUGACGAUCUCACAGCAACAUUUUCACUAAGAGUGAGGAGAUGAACACGUGUGAAGUUUAAGAUGUGUAGGUACUCACCUCUAAUCCAAGACAGUUUUUGGAAUGGAUUCAUCGGAUUCACCAAUUGGAUUUGGUUAAAGUUAGAGUUCGGUUAGAGUUACACCUUCUGGAAUGGAAGAAUGACGCUAACCAGGUUCCACUGUGUUACGUAUUUAUAGAUUAUUAUUAAUAAUAAUCUAAUAUAAUAAAUAUUUUUUGGAGGUUUUUUACCAAAAAUCCACAAAUUUCGGGGGCCAUGAAUGUUAGACUCUACUGUGCACACAGUGAAAUAUAUUUCUUAGUAAUGUAGCAGAUUAUAGCAACUUUAGAUAAGAGUGAGGAAUUUUGUAUCAUAAAUGAUAACAUAAGACAGUGAUGUCCAAAGUGUGGCCCGGGGGCCAUUUGCAGCCCACCACUUGUUUACUAUUGGCCCACGUCACAUUGUAGAAACACAAUGAAACCAAAAAAACCCAGCAAACGUGUUUUGUGUUAACAUUUUUGGUUUUCUGGAACGGAUGCAUUGGAUUGACAUGAUUUCUAAUGAGAUUUGGUUGGAGUCGGACCUUCUGGAACAGAGCCAAGGUUCCACUGUAUUUGGAGACGACCAACUAAGGAUGAAUGAGAUGUGUUUCAGUGGGAGAAAUUAUGGAGCAAAAUAUUUUUGGGAGAUUUUUUUAAUAAAAAUCCACAAAUUUGGAGGACCGUGAAUGUGCAGGAACCUGCUGUAUGUACACUUAGUGGAAUAUUCCAAGAAGGCAUUUCUGAAUUUCUUAGUAAUGUAGCAGGAUUCCAGCUUCAUAGGAAGCUUUAUUUGGUCUGUUCAUCUGAAUUGAACUCCUGAAAUCAAAUAACUUUUGCACGUCAUUCCAAUGUAUUGAGAUGCACCUGCACUUUUCCCAUCAUAUAUAAUCGUUUGAUUAAAAAAGAACAGCAGAAUUGAGGUGGAUAUAAGCAAAAGGAGGAGCUUUGUGCUCUUAAGAUUGCACGUGGUAGUCUAAAGAGUAACGUGGAAUUAUCCCAGCAGUCAUGAAAGCUAGCCUUGGGAAUAAAACAAGUCCUUUCAUUGGUUCUAAAGGCGAAGAACAGCUGCAGAGUACAGAUGAAGGAAAUGGGAAACAAGUCCAAAAAGAAAAGAUAAGGCAGAUAUUUGAAAUGUGCUCCAAACAAACCAUGAAUCAUAAAAUAUUACCUGUGCUGCUGUCGGGUUUAAUGGUCUUGGAUCGGUCAUACGGUAUCAGCCUCAUUGGGAGCUUGUAAAAUCUUUUGUGCCCUCUUGCUCGUAUUUCAGGCUCGCUUUAUGGUGACUGAUUUGCUUAUCUUUUGCAAUUAUGUCUGCACAAUGUCAGUGUGAUCUGUUUGCCAGGAGUUUGUGUUAGUAACACACACAAGGGGCAGGAUGUGUCAGGUCUGGGAAAGCCAAGGGGAACUGGAAGCACACUCACCAAGUUUACAUGUUUACACUAUACAGUCCAUGUUGGCAUUUGGGAAGGAGACACUAAAAAGCAUUCUAAUGGUUGCAAUUUAUUCUUAGUAGCCUGGACUGGUGAAAAAAAAAACAAAAGGCUUGCACCUGUUUGUCUGGUUCAUUUGGUCUUAUUCAGUAACUUGCUUGAAGCUCCAGAUACUGUGAGACAGCAUCAUGACCACACAGGGGUUGAAAGAAUCCAAGUUAAUAUUUCUAUUUCAAAUAGAGGCUAUUUACACACUGUAUGUUGUGUAUCCAACUGGAAAACAUUAAA